AUGUCAGUGGCUAUAGAGUCUGCGGAUUUGUCCACCAUUUGUCAAACGGCUGCAGCAGCGCCUAAACGCGCCAAUGGCAAUAUGAACAAUAAUAAUAGUGCGCGCUCCAGUCGCAGUGCAACGGGCUCCAAUACGGAUACGGAAGCGCUGGAGGAAGCAGCGCCAUUGGCUGGCACCGUUUCCAGCCGCAAGGUGCUGCAGCGCUUCUGCAAUGCCAAGUGGGCGCUCUUCUGGCUCUGCUGGGGCGGCGCACUGCAAGGUCUCAUUGUCAAUGGCUUUGUCAAUGUGAACAUCUCAACCAUUGAGCGGCGCUUUGGACUGCGCUCGAGGCAGACUGGGCUGGUGGCCAGUGGCUACGACUUGGCGUCGUUUAUGUGCCUGGUGCCCGUUACGUAUUACGGUGGGCGAAAGGGCGCAUCGAAGCCUUGCUUCAUUGCCAUUGGUCUGCUGCUGAUGGGCUUGGGGUCGCUGAUCUUCUCGCUGCCGCAUUUUCUGGUUGGCAGCUAUAGGGCCACAAUAGCCGAGGCGAACACAUGUGAGCCGAACCAGACGUAUGGCUUGCAAUCGCAGGCGUGCCAGGAGCUCGAGCCGGCGCAGCUGGAGUUGGGCUUGGAGAGUUUAACUUGGACCGUUUGGUUGUUCUUUGCCGCACAACUUUUGCAUGGCGCUGGCGCCUCGCCGCUCUUUACACUGGGCGUAACCUAUUUGGAUGAGAAUGUAUCCACAAAGAUGUCAUCUGUUUACUUGGGCAUCUUUUAUACCAUGACUAUCAUUGGUCCUGCUGUUGGUUACGUGCUCGGCGGUCAAUUGUUGCUCAUCUACACGGACUUUCUGCACGUGGAUGCCGCAGACUUAAGCCUAACCAGUGACAGCAAGGUAUGGAUCGGUGCCUGGUGGAUUGGCUUUGUAUUUGCUGCAGUUGUGUGUGUGCUGAUUGCCAUUCCCAUUUUUGCAUUUCCCAAAUCCUUGCCAGGCGCCGAGCAGCUGCAGCUGGCCAAGGUGUCUGAGGCACAUGCCAGCAACUCAGUGCAGAAGGGCAAACAAAAGUUGAUGCAGGCCGUGCUGUCGCUCUUUAAGAAUCCCACCUUCUUCUUUUUGAAUCUCGCUGGCGCAACGGAGGGUUUGGUGAUUGCUGGCUUUGCGGCAUUUCUGCCCAAACAAAUUGAAAAUCAGUUUAGCAUUUCGCCCGUGUACUCGGCGCUGGUCAUGGGACUUAUAACGGUGCCUGCUGGCGGCGGUGGCACCUUCCUGGGUGGUUACUUGGUCAAGAAACUGAAUCUAGCUUGUGGCGGAAUUAUUAAAAUGUGUUUGCUGGCCACGCUGGUUGCCAGCUUCUUUACCAGCUGCUUCUUGAUCUCCUGCCCGAAUGCGCCCUUUGCGGGCGUCACCACGGACUAUGCGCUGGCGCCAGCUGCUGAAGCUGGAAUUCCAGCAGCUUUGAAGCUGCAAGCGAAUUGCAAUGCCAACUGCAGCUGUGGCAACAACUAUGAUCCGAUUUGUGGCAUUGAUGGCGUCAUGUACUACAGUCCCUGUCUGGCGGGCUGCGUGGAGGAGCAACAGUUGGGCAGCCUUAAGCUUUAUAGCAAUUGCAGCUGCAUUGAACGUCCGGAUGUGGAUUUCUCUUUGCCCGACGCCACCAAUGUUAUGUGCGAGUCCAAGUGCCAAACGCUGUUAUACUUUGUGCUCUUCUGCUUUGUGCUUAUGCUCUUUACAUUUUUGGCUACAAUGCCCGCGCUCUCCGCAACGCUCAGAUGCGUGCAGGAUGAGCAGCGCUCAUUCGCAUUGGGCUUGCAGUUCUGGGUGGUGCGACUGCUGGGCACUAUACCUGCUCCGUUGAUAUUUGGCGCUCUGAUUGAUGAAUCCUGUAUUUUGUGGCAGGAAAGCUGUGACGAGCAGGCAGGAGGAGCUUGCCUGGUCUAUGAUAACUUUUACAUAAGCCGCUACAUGUGGCUGCUGGCCUUGAUAGGCAAGCUGUGCUCAGUGGUAUUCUUCUUUGGUGCCUGGUGGUUCUAUGUGCCACCCAGCGAAGCCUCCAAUGGCAACAAGCAGUCGAAUACUAUUUAA